GGUCAUUGUAACUUUCAUAGAGACGAAACUUCAUUCUUCACUUAAGCUGCCUUAGCUGUAUACAACUAAUUAUGAAAUAUAGAUGUCGUUCUAAGAUCUUUAGGCUGGCGUUUCUUAACGUGGCCGUUGUCUGCUAUUUUCUGGAUAGUUUUAAUGUAGUAUCAGAAGCUACACGCGUCGUUUCAAAGUUUGCCCGUUGCGCUUACCGUAAAAACAGAAUACUGAACAAGCAUCCCGUGAGAAUAGUAAACGGUAUUGACAGAAUUGAAUGUUUAGACCGCUGCAUGAAAACACAGGGGUGUCAGGCUUUUAACUUUCGUCCUGGUCUCUGCAGUCUUCUUAAUAUUAGCUUGUGUGAAAGAAAAGGUCUGACCUUGGAGGAUGCACCUGGUUCUUGUUAUUUUGACUUGGAAAGUGUGAACUCAAGAGAGGCGGAAGGUCCUCUCUGGACGACGCCAUUCUGUACUGAGAAAGGACUUUGUUCGCGCCGUUGUGAAGCUGUUGUGCCUAUGAAGUAUCUGAACGAACCCUGCAUUGAAGACUCGGAGUGUAAACCAAGGACAGGUCGGUUCGCUGUCUGUCGGCAAGACCACUGUAAAUGUGAGGAUGGAUACUGGAUUGAAAAUAUUACAACAUGUACAAAACUUCCUGUUCCUGGGUAUGUCAGACACAACACUCACUACUACAAAAUCUCCAAAGAAAUGUUAAACUCUAAAGCUGCUGAAGUCCACUGCCGAAACCACGAGAGUACCCUGGCCAAGGUGGAAAAUAGAGAGGUCUACGAGUUUCUGUUCAAUUUGUUGGUCCAACAUAACGUUUCAUCGGCCUGGGUAGACAUCACAGCCGAAGUGAAAGCAAACAAAGUGAAGAUAUUAGGAAACAGCAUCCCUAACAUUGCAAUUUCACGCCAUUGUACCGAGCUGAAAACGAGUCUAAAGGAUGAGAAGUUUGGAGAUGGAAAAUGUGGCAUGGAAAACACAUUCAUAUGCCAGUUUAAAGGAAAAAACUGAAAACUUCUGUUGUAGCAGUAACUCGGAAUAGGUUCUAAAAACAAUAAAUCAAAAUUAGAAUUUUAAUCUAUAAGUAGUUAAC